GUGCGGGGGCCGAGCGGCGCGGCCGGCAUGGAGGCGCUGCUGCUGGGCGCGGGGCUGCUGCUGGGCGCCUACGUGCUUAUCUAUUACAACCUCGUGAAGGCCCCGCCCUGCGGCGGCAUAGCCAGCCUGCGCGGCCGCACGGCCGUGGUCACGGGCGCCAACAGCGGCAUCGGGAAGAUGACGGCGCUGGAGCUGGCGCGCCGGGGAGCGCGCGUGGUGCUGGCCUGUCGGAGCCGGGAGCGCGGGGAGGCGGCCGCCUUCGACCUCCGCCAGGAGAGUGGGAACAAUGAGGUCAUCUUCAUGGCCUUGGACUUGGCCAGUCUGGCCUCUGUGCGGGCCUUUGCUACUGCCUUCCUGAGCUCUGAGCCACGGCUGGACAUCCUCAUCCACAAUGCCGGGAUCAGUUCCUGUGGCCGGACCCACAAGCCGUUUAACCUGCUGCUGCGAGUGAACCACAUUGGUCCCUUCCUGCUGACACAUCUGCUGCUGCCCCGGCUGAAGACAUGCGCCCCUAGCCGCGUGGUGGUGGUAUCCUCAGCUGCCCACAGGCGAGGGCGCCUCGACUUCACACGCCUGGACCGCCCAGUGGUGGGCUGGCAGCAGGAGCUGCGGGCAUAUGCUGACAGUAAGCUGGCCAACGUGCUAUUUGCCAGGGAGCUCGCCACUCAGCUUGAGGGUACUGGUGUCACCUGCUAUGCAGCCCACCCAGGGCCUGUGAACUCGGAGCUAUUCCUGCGCCAUGUUCCUGGAUGGCUGUGCCCACUCUUACGCCCACUAGCUUGGCUCAUGCUGCGGGCACCAAGAGGGGGUGCCCAGACACCCCUGUACUGCGCUCUACAGGAGGGCAUUGAGCCCCUCAGUGGGAGAUAUUUUGCCAACUGCCAUGUGGAGGAGGUUCCCCCAGCCGCCCGAGAUGACCGUGCAGCUCACCAGCUGUGGGAGGCCAGCAAAAGGCUGGCAGGGCUGGGGCCUGGCAAGGACGCUGAAGCUGAUGAAGAUUCCCAGCCUGAGGACCCGAGGACCCCAUCUUCCCCGAGCAGCCCCCACCCUGAGGAGCCCACAGUUUCUGAACCCUGCCCCACCUCUCAGAGUUCGCAAGACUUGCCUAAGGUCACACGCAGAAUCCAGGUUCAAACUGAACCUGAGCCCUGCAUUUCCUAAUCCCUAGGCUGGGAUGUUUUCCAUGGCACUGGGUGACCCUUGGAAACCUUCACUGCGCGCCAGGCCAUGCCCUGAGCACUGAGGGGUUUGCAAUUUUUACCUCUGUGGUUCUUUUCUGGGGCUCCACAUUAUGUCCUGAACAGCUCUUUUCCUGGUGGAAUGAAAUCGUGGGCGAUGGUUUCUUCCUGAAAAUAGCCAUACUCCCAGAUUCAGGGGUGGGGGAUAAAUGCGCCAGCAUUGCUUCUGAGGAA